AUUAACGCUUUAUUCUGUCCCACGUGUCUUAUUCAUAAGUUUUUUCGGAGUGUGAAUCAAGACAUUAUAGCGAAAGAGUCACCUCAGUAGAAUGGAAUUUAUCGAGGGGUGGGCGAAUUAGCAUACUGUCAUCGCACUCUUUUAUCCAAAACAAAAAUAUUUUGUUGGUUCCUCAGCUCUUUAAAAACUGCUUUAGAGGAAUGUACAUCACUCAGAAAACGACACCCGGCUGGAAUCUAUAGCUAUGUAUCAAACAUGAAUUAGAAUUAUUUGGAAAGACGAGAAAGGGAUUCUCAAAAUCAUUUCUUCACUAUCAAUGACUCUGCUGGAAAUGAAGAUAUUCAUGUUUAAGGUUGGAAGGCAAGCUAUAGACGCACUACAGCGAAAACUAGAGCAAAGCUCCUAGGUUUUCAAGCGAAAGUGUUGGCUUCACUCAGACUCGAUAAUGUUUAUUUACAAUUCUCUGCUAACAGAAAUCUGAACUAGAGGAUGCAAGUGGACGCUCACAGUUUUUCACGGAAGAUUCUCUGUCGAAACCAGUGCGACAGUUGCAAAAAAGUCAUCCGAUUUCUUGGGGUGUGUUGCCAGGAUUGCAGGUUGAAAUAUCACCAAAAGUGCUCGACAUCUCUUUUAGCGGAGUGCGAACGUCGAUGCCGAAAACAUAAUGCCGGAAAAACAAGAGCCAAGCGAUUUUGGCGAAAAGGGCAGAGUGUCUGUGGGAAGUGGUCAUUACAUCACGCCAACCUAGAACAUCUCGCUCGAAAAGGGACGCAACAAACAGUUUUACCCCUGAGUGCUAAAGGUAAAAUCCGGCAAAAACUUAUCAAUGGACUAUACGAGUCCUUUUGUUACAGCCCGAGGCAUGCUCUCGACUUUCGACCGAAUAACUCGGAGGAAUUACAAGGGACAUCGCUUACGGUAACAGUUGAGCGACAUCCUUCACCAGAAAGGUAUUACCCGUCAAGAAUCUGUGAAAACCUGACCACUAUAGACCAAGACGACGCAGUUCAUAAAAACCUUUUGGCAAGCUCGAACUGGCAUCCUGCUAACUCUUGGUCAACGUCAGCUAGCUGUUCAUAUUCUUCCGGCUAUUCGUCUGCAAAUACAUCGUGUCCAUCUUCAGCUAAUUCACACCGUAGUUGCUCGCCUACGCCAGAUUUUUCCAACAUUAAACUUUUAAAUGCAACUUUAGAAGAUUACAGCGGUGAAAAGAAUGGUUUUUCAGAGGAUGCUGAUCUGGGGAUUGGUACUGACGAUGUGGAUUUAGGAGAUGAGUAUUUAACAGAGCCUUGCGAUUUUUUCGCCACUUGGCCUCAAAAGAACAGAAUGCAAGAAAAGCAGAGAGUCAACAAACGAAUAUUUUCCGCUGAUGACUUUCAGGCAUUUAGAUAUCACGAACCACUGCCCACGGUAAAUAAAAGCUUGAAAGGAGAUAAGCAGGAUGAAGAGGAUAUUAAGAAAUCUCUUCGAGAAUGGAGCAUCCCUUACUCAGAUUUACAGUUUGGGGAAAUAGUGGGUGUCAGCCCCAAAGGAUACGUUUACAAGGGAAGGUGGCACGGCGACAUCAUGAUUCAUACGCGGCGGAGGUCAACGAAAGAAGAAGUCGAGGAAUUCCUCAACGAGGUGUCUGUGUUGAGCAUGAUUAGACAUGAAAAUGUUGUUCUCUUCAUGGGCGCGUGUCUUGAACCACCAAACCUUGCAGUCAUCACCAGUGUAAGAAGAGGUUUAUCACUCUACAACCAUCUUCAUGUUCGGCAGGACUUGUUCUCAUUGCAGUCUAAGAUAUCUAUUGCCAAGCAAAUUUCACAGGGUAUGAGUUAUCUUCAUGCCAAAGGCAUCGUUCUUCCAGCCCUUACCACCAUGAACGUGUUUCUUGAGUCCAAAGUGAAGCUCUGUGUUUCAGGAUAUUGCAAUAAAACGACACGAGUUGAAAGGGAGGGCUAUGCCAGUAUACCACAGGGACAUCUGACAUACCUCGCUCCCGAGCUCAUGCGCACACUUUCAAGGAAAGGCUGUGUUUUAUCGCCCGAGGAAAAGAACUCCGAAUGGUCGAACGUGUACGCGUAUAGCACGAUCCUGUUCGAGAUUCUUACCGGCAGAUGGCCCUUAAACUUCCCAACACAUUCCAUCAUAUGGAUGAUCGGGAAAGGAAGGCAAGAAAGUGUAGCACAUCUACAGUGCCCGGAAUCCUUCAAGCAACUUAUUAAAGAUUGUUGGAAUAACCAGCCAAGAGCUCGACCGCAAUUCAGCCGGAUCGCCGAGUUUCUUCAGCAACAGAACGUCCCUCCAGAACUUGCUCGUAGAAGAAUCAGCUUCUCGGAACCAGAGAAAAUGAACUUUAUUGGCCGUAAAAUGAAUACGUUAUCUAUAAAGUGAUUCCUGCUGCCAAAAUAUGUCGGCAUCAUUCGGCCAAGUAGCCAUAGUGAAUUUGCUUUAAAAUGAUCGCUUCAAGCAUGUUUCCCACAGCAUACUUACUUACGCAUUUUAUACGAUGAAGUACUGAUGAAGCGUUCGUCAACAACUUAAAGCCAAUACAGAGCUUUCGGCAUAUUUAUAAAAAUACUAGGUACAGUGUUUCAACUCAGGGGUCACCGUACAUGGCACAUCCUCGGUGCUUCAUUGGUAAUAGAAUACUCCGCGAAUAUUUUGGCCAAUGAAAAUUAUUUCUACAUGACAAUCAUGGGUGGUUUGAAAAAAAUUUUUUUUUAGCUUCAUAUCUUUUCGUGUUCAAACUUUUUUCGGCGGAACAAUUAGAGAAAACUAAGAAUCUUGUAAAGUUUUAACCUCUUAAGCCAAAGCAGGCGUCUCUAGACAACGCUAGCUAUGUUUAAGCGACAAGUUUACAUUUGAUAAAAAAACAAAACAAUAACAACAAAACAAGACAAAAAUGAUCGUGCAUACCGUAUAUGCCUUUGCUCCAAGCAUGAAGACAGCUGUCACUACAAAAACAAUGAUUUGUGAUUUAUAUGUGAUAUUUUUUAUUUAUAUUAUAUCGGGGUAUUUUAGUAAAAAAAAAUCUAAUAAUCAUCAAACGGUCUGUACAAACGGCUUAUCAGUAGGAUCGAUCGAACUACUUAAAUCAAAAGAUUUGUUUUCCACAUCAGUAUGUAGAGGAUGGUUCCAUUUUUUAUACUUUGUUUGAUAUUGACCGGCGACAAUGCCUUUGCAUUACUAUUGUAGUUUUGUAUAUUUUCUGAAAGUUAAAUUCUUUUUAUCUCUUAGUCUACGAGGCGAACUUCGCCCUGUGUAGCGCACACAUUUUUACGUAUAAAUGGCCCUUCAAUAGCUACAGGAAAUUUCACGCGGGCUGAAAUAAAAUAGCAGAAACUUGAAAGUAUCAGCAGAAAAAAACUUGGAUCAUCCAAUGAAAUGCUUUGAAUAGUUGUUUAGUACCUUAUUUGCGAGGUUCAACAUUGUAAAACGGUUUCACUUUGUUCAACCAACAUUAUUGGCGGUUAGCAUUUAAACUACUGCAGCCGGUUUAAUUUAGGCGUAUAGCGUUAAGUCACCGACCGGUUAGUAUCAAAGCUCCGUAGGGCCGGCUUAGGUCUUAAGUUCAAUGAUAGCAAACCCUACUUUUCCUGCUAACGAAGUGAGUUAAAACUCAGAGGCAGGUGGGAAAAGGGCGACCCUGGUAUGAGGAACUUGAACGGAAGUUUUUCAGUUCAAUAUGUUCCUCAUGUCCUAGACCAAAGAUACACCCAAGAAUAUUUGGUGGGACUCAUGUCAAAAGAAUCAUUUCAGGUUAAUAAAAAUAUCUUUUUCGGUGUUAACUCCACCCAACAAUUGAAAGCAUGUUUUUCAUAGGUUUUUUUUUUUUUCAGGAUGCGAAUUGAGCACUUUUUAAAUUUUGAAGGGUAUCGUGUGUAGUGACACAAGGUUCCCUCUGUCACGAGUUAGGUUAAGCUCACUGAGUUGUUGGAAGACGUUGAAUAAGAAAGUAGGUUAUUGUUUGUUGUACUGAUCUCUAGUGCUGGGUACUUGAUAAAACUUCUCCGACUUGCGGGCAAUGAAAGAGAAGUUGAUCAACCAACAAACAGACAAAAAAACAUGUAAAGAAACAACAAAAUAUUAACUUAUAAGAUCAGUCAUAAUUAAUAGUUGAAAUAUUAUCCCUAUAGUCCUCUUCUCCUGGUUUACUAUUCUUCUUGUGCUGGAAUCGCGCAAGGUAGGGGUGGGGUACACUGCUGCAACAUAAACGUGACGCGGGGGAUGUGACGAAAUAUCGAUGCAAAGUUCUCAGUCAGGCUUUGUCGUAACUUCCACUCAAAAUGAACCGGUUGAACUGAACAAAAUAGCGAUGACAUAGAGAUGAAUGGCUGGGUCCGAGCUGAUCCCUUUUGAAGUAAGGAACUCGUGUAUUUGAAAACAAUUUGUUUUUGCAUAAGUAUGCAUCACUUUAACUUCUCUGGUUUGUUAACUCAUGAUAAUAGUUCAAAAGGUGGACGUAAUGUUUACUAUGUAAACUUUGACUGAGAAAUCAGUCUCGAGUAAACUGUUACAUUGCCGAAAACAUAUUUUGUUGCCGUUUUCGGUUUGAUUACGGAUUUUAGUUUUAUUUCAUAGACAUUUUUUGCAUGUAUCUCACAUUCUUUUCACGUGAAUGCAUGUGGUCAUGUGUAACUGGUUUAUUGAGUAACUAGUUUAUUGAAAGCCUGGAGUUAUUGUAUAAAGAAACCUUAAAUAAAAGCUUGAAAGGAA